UAAAGAAAAUGAAUGAUAUUGUUGUAGCAUCAACACCUAUUCAUCAACAACAAAAUAAUAAUAAAUUAACAAAAUUACCUUCAAUUAGAUUAAGAAGAGAAACUGAAAGUGAAGAAAGUAGAGCAAGAAAAAAAGAAUUGGAAAUUUUUGCCCAAAAAAUAAGAAGAGCUGGGCUUAUACGGGAACAUCAAACAUGGACACUUUCACAAGGAAUAAUAAUUUAUAAGGAGGCUUUUAAAGGAGAAGAUUUUGUAACGUGGCUUAUGCGAGAUCAGAAAAUAUGUAAAAAAAAUUUUUUUAAUUAA